ACCCACGCACUUCCCUCACAAUAAUCCAAAAUUUUCAAUUUACCUCUCAUCCCUCUCUCUCUCGCUCUCUCUCUCUCUUACUUUGUUGCUGCUGAAAGCCACUGUCUCACCCACACUGCCUUUAUCACCCUCAUCCCAUUCUCUCUCUCUCUUUAGGGUUGCUGCAUUUCCUUCUCCAGCAGCACAGUACCGCUCUCCAACUCAAUAGCCACAGCUGCAAGUAAUGCACGCAGACAGGAAUAUCCAGCUACCAUAUUUUAGUUUUUGCUCUGUUCCUGCGCUUAAUUCUGAUAAUUUACGAGCUUAGAACACCGACAUUGCUGAUGCAGCUCUGAUCUACAUUUGCCGAACAGAGAGGGGUUUUCUGUGUGCUUUUCUCGUGAAAGUUUGAUUGUUCGGGGAGUUAAGUGAAGGAUGUAAUAAGUUCAUUUAUUUAUUUUCUGUGAGAUAUUUGGCUGGGGAAGGGGUGUGCAAACUAAAAUGGCAUCAAGAGGUGGGCCCUCACAGCAGAACCCACAGCUGCAGCGGCGGAUUACACGCACGCAGACGGUUGGGAAUCUUGGAGAGUCUAUUUUUGACAGUGAAGUAGUUCCUUCGUCUUUAGUGGAAAUUGCCCCCAUUCUACGUGUUGCCAAUGAAGUCGAGCCCAGCAAUCCUCGUGUUGCAUAUCUAUGUAGGUUUUAUGCUUUUGAGAAAGCUCAUAGGUUGGAUCCCACAUCAAGUGGACGUGGUGUCCGUCAAUUCAAAACGGCUCUUUUGCAACGCCUAGAAAGGGAAAAUGAUCCAACCUUGAUGGGAAGAGUGAAAAAAAGUGACGCACGUGAAAUGCAGAGCUUUUAUCAGCAUUAUUACAAAAAGUAUAUUCAAGCUCUACAAAAUGCUGCCGAUAAAGCUGAUCGUGCUCAGCUGACGAAAGCAUACCAAACAGCUAAUGUUCUGUUUGAAGUUUUGAAAGCAGUUAAUCAGACACAGUCUGUGGAAGUCGAUCGUGAGAUAUUGGAAACUCAUGAUAAAGUUGCAGAGAAGACAGAAAUUUAUGUCCCUUAUAACAUUCUACCUCUAGAUCCUGACAGCGCAAAUCAGGCAAUUAUGAAAUAUCCAGAGAUUCAAGCCGCUGUACUAGCGCUACGGAAUACUAGAGGUCUGCCUUGGCCAAAGGAUUAUAAGAAGAAAAAGGACGAAGAUAUCCUUGACUGGCUUCAAGCUAUGUUUGGUUUCCAGAAAGAUAGCGUGGCUAAUCAAAGGGAGCAUUUGAUUUUGCUACUUGCAAAUGUUCAUAUACGGCAGUUUCCUAAGCCGGAUCAACAACCCAAGUUGGAUGACCGUGCUCUUGAUGAAGUUAUGAAGAAGCUUUUCAAGAACUAUAAAAAGUGGUGCAAGUAUUUGGAUCGCAAAAGUAGCCUCUGGUUACCCACAAUACAACAGGAAGUGCAACAGCGUAAAUUGUUAUAUAUGGGGCUCUAUCUUCUAAUAUGGGGUGAAGCUGCCAAUUUAAGAUUCAUGCCAGAGUGCCUCUGCUACAUAUAUCAUCAUAUGGCUUUUGAACUCUAUGGGAUGCUUGCUGGAAAUGUUAGUCCAAUGACUGGUGAAAAUGUGAAACCAGCUUAUGGAGGAGAGGAAGAGGCUUUCCUUCGUAAAGUAGUCACUCCAAUUUAUGAAGUCAUUGCUAGGGAAGCUGCGAGAAGCAAAAUAGCAAAAUCAAAACAUUCACAGUGGAGAAACUAUGAUGAUCUUAAUGAAUACUUUUGGUCUGUGGAUUGUUUCCGAUUAGGAUGGCCCAUGCGUGCUGAUGCUGAUUUUUUCUGUAAGCCAGUGGAUCAACUUCGGGAUGAAAAGAAUGGGGAAAGCAGGCCUACAAGAGAUCGAUGGGUGGGAAAAGUUGACUUUGUUGAGAUCCGGUCUUAUUUUCAUAUCUUUAGAAGCUUCAACAGAAUGUGGAGUUUCUUCAUAUUAUGCUUGCAGGCUAUGAUAAUCAUUGCUUGGAAUGGUUCUGGUCAGCCAAGUUCAGUUUUUGAGGCCAAUGGUUUCAAGAAAGUACUGAGCAUUUUUAUAACCGCAGCAAUUUUGAAACUUGGGCAAGCCGUUCUUGAUGUAAUUCUGAGUUGGAAAGCUAGAAGGAGCAUGUCUUUCCAUGUCAAGCUCCGCUACAUUCUAAAGGUUGUAUCUGCUGCUGCAUGGGUGGUUAUUCUCCCAGUAACUUAUGCUUAUACAUGGGAGAAUCCACCUGGCUUUGCUCAAACUAUCAAAAGUUGGUUCGGCAAUAGCUCAAGUUCUCCUUCGUUAUUUAUCUUGGCUGUUGUUAUCUACUUGUCACCAAAUAUGCUCGCUGUCACUCUCUUUCUUUUUCCCUUCAUUCGCCGAUUCCUGGAAAGUUCCAAUUACAAGAUUGUGAUGCUAAUGAUGUGGUGGUCACAGCCUCGACUUUAUGUCGGAAGGGGAAUGCAUGAAAGCACCUUCUCUCUCUUCAAGUAUUCCUUAUUCUGGGUGCUUCUUAUCAUUACAAAAUUAGCCUUCAGUUUCUAUGUUGAGAUAAAACCUCUGGUGAAGCCAACCAAAGCUAUCAUGGAAGUUCAUAUAUCAACUUAUCAGUGGCAUGAAUUCUUUCCGCAAGCAAAGAACAACAUUGGCGUCGUAGUUGCACUCUGGUCCCCAGUUAUUCUUGUUUAUUUCAUGGAUAGCCAGAUAUGGUAUGCUAUAUUCUCUACACUUUUUGGAGGUAUAUAUGGUGCAUUCCGCCGCCUUGGAGAGAUUCGAACACUAGGAAUGCUUAGAUCCCGAUUUCAGUCGUUACCUGGUGCUUUUAAUGCCUGUUUAAUACCAGAAGAGAAAACUGAGACAACCAAAAAGAAAGGACUGAAGGCCACCUUUUCCCGCAAGUUUGAAGUGAUUCCUUCAAGCAAGGAAAAGGAAGCUGCAAGGUUUGCUCAGUUGUGGAACAAAAUAAUAACAAGUUUCAGAGAGGAGGAUCUUAUAAGUAACAGGGAAAUGGAUCUGUUACUUGUUCCAUACUGGGCUGACCGUGAUUUGGAACUGAUGCAAUGGCCUCCAUUUUUGCUUGCUAGCAAGAUCCCUAUAGCAGUUGAUAUGGCCAAAGACAGUAACGGAAAGGAUAGCGAACUGAAAAAGCGGAUUAAAUCUGAUGAUUACAUGUAUUCUGCUGUCUGCGAGUGCUAUGCUUCAUUUAGGAACAUUGUUAUGUUUCUAGUUCAUGGCAAUCGCGAGAAAGAGGUUAUCGAGUUUAUAUUUUCUGAAGUUGACAGGCAUAUAACAGAUGAUAAGCUGUUAACUGAAUACAAGCUUAAUGCUCUUCCUACUCUGUAUGACCUUUUCGUUAAGCUUGUCAAAUACUUGCUAGAAAAUAAGCCAGAGGAUAGAGAUCAAGUUGUAAUCCUCUUCCAGGACAUGCUUGAAGUUGUGACCCGAGAUAUAAUGAUGGAAGAUCAUAUGUCCAACUUGCUAGAUACAAUUCUUGGUGGGUCUGGACAUGAAGAUGUGGUCCCACUUGAUCAUCAGUUAUUUGCAUCAGCUGGUGCCAUUAAAUUUCCAGCUCCACAAUCUGAAGCUUGGAAAGAGAAAAUCAAGAGGUUGUACUUGUUGCUGACAGUCAAGGAAUCUGCAAUGGAUGUACCGUCAAAUUUGGAAGCUAGGAGGCGCAUUUCCUUUUUCUCUAAUUCCUUGUUCAUGGACAUGCCUUCAGCUCCUAAAGUCCGCAAUAUGUUGUCAUUCUCUGUUUUGACUCCUUAUUACACGGAGGAGGUUCUUUUCUCAUUGCCUGAGCUGGAAGAGCCAAAUGAAGAUGGUGUUUCCAUUCUCUUUUACUUGCAGAAAAUUUUCCCAGAUGAAUGGAACAAUUUUCUUGAGCGUCUCGACUGUUACAAUGAAGAAGAACUAAGGGGUUCUGAUGAAUUAGAAGAACAGUUACGACUUUGGGCUUCAUAUAGGGGCCAAACAUUGACCAGAACUGUUAGAGGAAUGAUGUAUUACCGCAGAGCUCUAGAACUUCAGGCAUUCCUUGAUAUGGCCAAGGAUGAUGAUUUAAUGGAAGGCUAUAAGGCCAUUGAGACGAGUGAAGAUCAGAUUAAAGGGGAGAGGUCGCUGUGGACGCAAUGUCAAGCCGUGGCUGAUAUGAAGUUUACAUAUGUUGUCUCCUGCCAAUUAUAUGGCAUUCAAAAACGAUCUGGAGAUCCUCGAGCGCAAGAUAUACUAAGACUUAUGACAACAUAUCCAUCUCUUCGAGUAGCAUAUAUAGAUGAAGUUGAAGAACCUAGUAAAGACAGAACCAAGAAGGUUAAUGACAAGGUGUACUACUCCACUCUAGUGAAGGCUGCUCUGCCAAAGUCAAAUGCUUCAGAGCCAGGCCAGAAUCUAGAUCAGAUAAUCUACCGUAUAAAACUUCCUGGCCCUUCUAUCCUGGGUGAAGGAAAGCCUGAAAACCAGAAUCAUGCCAUCAUUUUCACGCGUGGAGAAGGCUUACAAACGAUAGAUAUGAAUCAGGAUAACUACAUGGAAGAAGCUUUUAAAAUGAGAAACUUGCUACAAGAAUUUCUUAAAAGGCAUGAUUUGAGACACCCAUCGAUUCUCGGCCUCAGGGAACAUAUCUUCACUGGAAGUGUUUCUUCUCUUGCUUGGUUUAUGUCUAAUCAAGAGACAAGUUUUGUUACUAUUGGACAGAGACUGCUGGCCAACCCUCUUAAGGUUCGGUUUCAUUAUGGCCAUCCUGAUGUUUUUGAUAGAUUGUUUCACCUUACACGAGGUGGGGUGAGCAAAGCCUCCAAAAUUAUCAACCUGAGUGAGGAUAUAUUUGCCGGCUUCAAUUCUACACUCCGUGAAGGCAAUGUAACCCAUCACGAGUAUAUACAAGUUGGUAAAGGGAGAGAUGUUGGCCUUAACCAAAUUUCUCUAUUUGAGGCAAAAAUUGCCAAUGGAAAUGGAGAACAAACAUUGAGUCGGGAUUUGUAUAGACUGGGGCAUCGCUUUGACUUCUUUCGAAUGCUAUCGUGCUAUUUUACAACCAUUGGUUUCUACUUCAGUACUUUGAUUACUGUGCUCACUGUGUAUAUAUUUCUCUAUGGACGCCUUUAUCUUGUUCUUAGUGGCCUUGAAAAAGGAUUAAGCAUGCAACCAGGAAUUCGAGAUAAUAAGUCUCUUGAAAUUGCUUUGGCCUCUCAGUCCUUUGUGCAAAUUGGAUUUCUGAUGGCACUCCCUAUGAUGAUGGAAAUUGGAUUAGAAAAGGGCUUUCGCACUGCGUUGAGUGAAUUCAUAUUAAUGCAACUACAGUUGGCUCCAGUGUUUUUCACCUUUUCACUUGGGACUAAAACCCACUACUAUGGGAGGACUUUACUUCAUGGAGGUGCAAAGUACAGGGCAACAGGUCGUGGAUUUGUUGUGUUCCAUGCCAAAUUUGCUGAAAACUAUCGUCUGUACUCCCGUAGCCACUUUGUUAAGGGGCUUGAGUUAAUGAUAUUGCUUCUCGUUUAUCAAAUAUUUGGUCAGACCUACAGAGGUGCUGUUUCAUAUAUCUUAAUCACUGUAUCUAUGUGGUUUAUGGUGGGAACCUGGCUUUUUGCUCCCUUCCUCUUCAAUCCUUCUGGCUUUGAGUGGCAGAAGAUAGUCGAUGACUGGACUGAUUGGAAUAAGUGGAUCAGUAAUAGAGGAGGUAUUGGUGUUCCCCCAGAGAAAAGUUGGGAAUCAUGGUGGGAAGAGGAGCAAGAUCAUCUCCGCCAUUCUGGAAAACGUGGUAUUAUUGCUGAGAUAAUACUGGCAAUACGGUUUUUCAUUUAUCAGUAUGGCCUUGUAUAUCACUUGCACAUCACAAGGAAUACCAAAAGUGUUCUGGUAUAUGGCAUAUCAUGGCUGGUAAUCUUCUUGAUCCUUUUUGUCAUGAAGACAAUUUCUGUUGGGCGAAGGAAAUUUAGUGCAAAUUUUCAACUUGUCUUCCGGCUUAUAAAGGGUUUAAUCUUUGUGACAUUCAUCUCUAUCCUGGUUAUUCUGAUUGCCCUACCCCACAUGACACCAAGAGAUAUUGUGGUUUGCAUACUCGCCUUCAUGCCCACCGGUUGGGGCUUGCUUCUGAUUGCUCAAGCAUGUAAGCCGAUUGUUCAGAGAGCUGGAUUCUGGGGUUCAGUCAGAACGCUAGCUCGUGGAUAUGAAAUUCUGAUGGGUCUACUUCUCUUCACACCAGUGGCUUUCCUUGCGUGGUUUCCGUUCGUAUCAGAGUUCCAAACUCGAAUGUUGUUCAACCAAGCCUUCAGUAGAGGUCUUCAGAUAUCACGUAUUCUGGGUGGACAUCGGAAAGACAGAUCCUCCAGGAACAAGGAAUAGGUUUUUUGGAUGUUACUUUUAUUUAUCUACUUGUUUAUGAACUGCUUGAGCUUGUCUCCUGUCCUUGUAAUUAUGUAGUAUUAUGGUAUAUUUUCCUCCAUGAAGUAACUUUAAUAUGCAGACAUUAUUUUUAAA